AUGUACAAUUUAGAAGGAUCCACCACCAUUAGGAACCCAAACUCCUCCUUGACGAACCAAGUGAACGCCGAGCUGAGAUUUCCUAUACACUCCGACCUGCUCCAGCUACCCACCUUGAGGACACCAAUAAGGGCACCCCACCGGCAGCGCUACCGUCAGCCGCCGACCAAGAACUUCUUGAAGAAAUGCAAGGUCGCCUCUCGGGAUGACGAGCAGCGCACCCUUACCAUACCGAGGCAAUUUGCGGGCAACAAAGACACGGAGGCGUCAGGCUCCUACUUUCUUUCCAUCUUCCCCGAUGGUGAGACAGUCCAGUGA